AUGACCGAACUCGACUUCCCGGAGGAUGAUCGCUCGGUCGAGCUUUCCUCGAUUGCUGCCAUCUUUCCAGAAAUCCAAAUCGAUCCUUCCUCUCCGUUCAAAGCCGUUCUCGAUCUUCCUGUCGCACCUUCCGCCCCAACCUCAAUAUGUUUUCAGCAACCGCUCGAUACUGCGGCUGCCGCCAUCACCCCUCCAACCUCAUUAGAUGACUCUAAGGGAGAGCUCAACCAGCCACCCGUUAAAGACGUUCAUCUCCUUUCGCACUUGCCUCCGCUUAAUCUCGAGAUCGAAUUGCCAGAGGGCUACCCAACCGAAAAGUCACCUAUCGUUCACCUGAGAACGAUCCCAUCAUGGCUACCUCCCUCGGUUAUCGAUCAGUUGUCAAGCGAUUGCCACCGACUCUGGGAAGAAUGUGGAAAGGAUCUGGUCGUCUUUACGUACAUCGACCACCUCCAGCAGCUUGCAGAAACAACUUUCAAUAUCCAGGAUCCGUCUGGGGAAGUAUGUCUAUCGCGGGACCUGAAGAUUGGACUACUGGACUACAACAAAAAAGCCGAACGAGAAAAGUUUGAGCAGGGGACUUUUGAAUGUGGCGUAUGCCUUGAACCGAAGAAGGGCACCGUCUGCUAUCGAUUACUUCGCUGCUCCCACGUAUUCUGCAUUCAAUGCUUGCAGGAUUUCUACAACUCCUGCAUCACCGAAGGUAUUGUUGACAGUGUGAAAUGCAUGGCGCCGGAUUGCGAGUACAACAAGAGACCUGCAGCCGUACCAGGCGACGGCCAGACCGCGCCCCGCAAGAAGCGUGAUCGUACCCUGGGACCAAGCGAGCUACUCCAGAUUCCUCUGGCCACUGAAACGGUUCGACGAUAUGCAUUCCUCAAGAGGAAGAAAAAGAUUGAAGCCGAUAAAACAACAGUCUACUGUCCACGCCAAUGGUGCCAGGGAGCUGCACGGUCCAAGCGACACCCAAAGCCUGAAGAUCCCAUGUCCGACGACUUGAAUAGUUCUGACGAAGAAGAUGGAUCCGAGCCCUGCAGUGAAGUCAAAGAUGGAGAGCUUCCUCCCAUGGCGGAGCGUGUGUCUAUCUGCGAAGACUGCAACUACGCCUUUUGCUGCGUCUGUAAGAAGGGCUGGCAUGGCGAAUUGGUACGCUGCUUCCCACGCCGGGACGGCGAGCCCACAGAAGAGGAAAAGGCAACCGAAGAGUAUCUGCGUCUGUACACUACCCCUUGCCCGACUUGCAACGUGCCUUGCCAAAAGCAAAUGGGAUGCAAUCACAUGCGUUGCUUCCAGUGUGACACACACUUCUGCUACCUUUGCUCGGCGUGGCUGUGUGCAGACAACCCGUACAGACAUUUUAAUGACGAGAAAGGCCAAUGCUUCAAUCGUCUUUGGGAUUUGGAAGGUGGUGAUGGCAUCAACCCCGACGGAGCCGAAGCACUCCACCGCAUCCCAGACGCACUCCUACACUUUGACGAUGAUCCGCAUGCGGUAGCCAUUCACGAAGAAACAGAUGAAAGCGAUGAUGACCGCCCUGCAUUUGAAUUUGAUAACGACGAAGACGACCUCCACCGACACCCUCCUCCUCCCGCUCCCGUUCCACCCCAAGUCAACCACGAUGGCGGCAGACCUGGCCAGCGUGAUCACGCAGCUGCCCGUGCUGCUGCGGCUGAACGUCAAGCCCAAGCUCGUGCCAUGGCCGAGGUACGAAACCGAAAUGCGAGGCGACAAGGUAGACGUCCUGUCCGAUGGGCGGGAGUUCCUCCCCAGCAUCUCCCUCCUCAGGCAGGUGAUCCCAGACGUCCUGUACGGUGGGCAGAGGUUCCUGCAGAACCAUUGGCGGAUGAAGACGGCCCCAUUCGAUGGGAGGCUAUUGCAAUCCGACCAGGUAGAGCACAAGCACAUCCUGGUCUCCAGCGAUUUUUGGAUCUAGUACAAAACGACCGUGAAGACGAAUGGGAUAGCGAUGAGAUGGACGAUGACUUCUAG